GACCCGCGCGCCGCCGACACACCUCGCAGCUCCCGGAGCGCGCCUGGCACUGUGGGCUCAGCGGCAGGUGCCUCGCCGCGCAGACUCGCGGGGCGCGGGGACCGGCUCGGGCGCGGGGCCGGUGGGGCGGGGACCGGCUCGGGCGCUGGGACCGGCUCGGGCGCGGGGCCGGCGGGGCGGGGCGGCGGCGCGCGUUCCCCGCCGGCCACACCGGCCGCCCUGCGCCCGGCGAGGGGCGUGUGCGUGGGCCUGGGACCGCGGGCCCCAUGUUCACGGAACUGAGGACCAAGCUGAGCCCCCCGCGAGGCCGCGCCGGGGCUGUGCGCGCCGGCUUCGGGGAGCGCCGGGAUGUGGACGCCACUGCCCACUUCAGCUUCUGCCGGACCCUCCUGGAGCACACAGUGUCGGCAGAGAGCAUCCCCUGCCACCUGCCUAGGACGCCAGGCACCAGCCUCACCUGGCAUGACUCCCGCAGCCAGAGGGCAGCUGGCGACCGGCCAGUCAAGCUCCUGCAGCAGCCUGGCACAGAGGCCCCCCAGGGCCGGCUGUACGCUGAGCACUAUGGCCUGUACCACACGAGUCCCUCACUGGGUGGCCUGACGAGGCCUGUGGUCCUGUGGAGUCAGCAGGACGUCUGCAAGUGGCUCAAGAAGCACUGUCCCCACAACUACCUCGUCUACGUGGAGGCCUUCUCCCAACACGCCAUCACGGGCCGGGCGCUGCUGCGGCUGAACGCAGAGAAGCUGCAGCGGAUGGGGCUGGCGCAGGAGGCGCAGCGGCAGGAGGUGCUGCAGCAGGUGCUGCGCCUGCAGGUGCGCGAGGAGGGGCGGAGCCUGCAGCUGCUCAGCCAAGCUUCCUUCGGAAACGUGUCGUAGCUGCUGCCUGAGGCUUGAACCCCAGACCCCAGCACUGUGACCGGAGCCCGGGACAAGGAUGAGGCAGCGCCGGCUGAGCAGCCCCUCUCAGACCCUGCAAGAGGCCCCAAGGGCUAAGCCCAGCCCAGUGGACAGGUGGGAUCAGGAUUGCCACCUCCAGCCACUUCUGAUUGUGCACUCUGGGCUGUGCCUGGGAUUGGGUGGCCGGGGGCUGCUUGAACAUGGCCCCUCCUCCCAGGACCUGAGCCCAAGCCCACUGCCGGGUGCUGCUGGCAGCAUUCGGGGCAGCCACCUGGAGCCAGAGCAGGGUUUGGAUGUCCCCCCAGACUCCCAAGGAGUGUGUUUAUUUAUAUUUCCUUCACCCACCUAGAUGUCCGUGCCCCAUUGCCAGCUGAGUCACACGUCCUCUGGGCAUCCUGCCCUCUCCCAGGGUGAGAGAGGUCUGUCUGUCGGCCCACUCCACUCGUCUAGUUCUACACCCUCCCCCUGCACCUAGAGUACUGCCCACACGGGGUAAACUGCCAGGGCUCCCUUCAGCGUGCACCCCUCCUCUGCCUCCGCCCAGGCCCAGCAGGCCCAACCAACAGCCAGAUAAUCCGCAUCGGCAUCCGCCCUGCCAGGCACUGUGCCAAGCACUCAUUACUUAUGAAACCCUCCCCAUGCCGCCUCUAUUCAUGGGAACAGAGGCGAGAGAGGUCCUGGGAUUGCCUAAGUGCCCAAGCCCUAACAUGGCACAAGGAGGACUGCAUGCCCAGUGCCCCACACUAGGCUCCAGCAUGUCUUGCCCUUAGUUUGGGAAAGUCUCCCUCCUCCUGGGAUCACAGAGACUAUCUUUGAGGCAGUCAUGGGGGGGCAUUCCCACUGCCCUUUUCCCAGGAAAACCUGGAUUCACACAAGAACCUGUCCUGAGGGCUGCACCCCCCACGCCUGCCCACCAGAGACCUAGCUGGCACCUGAGCCACCACUCCGUGGACCUGAGGCCCCAAGGUUUGGGGCUAGUGCUGCCCAGGACAGUAAGGGUGGUCCUGGCAGCUCCUAAGCUCCUGCUCCUCUGCCCUGCCAGCCCCCGAGGGGAGUCUGAAAAUCUCAAGGAUAGAUGAGACUGCACCCCCAGCCCCUGCUCUGUACCCUGAGCUGGCCUUGGGAAGGGAGGCUGGUCAUUGUGGUGGAAUUGGAACAACUGACCUGGUGCCCCCCAUCUGUAUGCCCCCCGACCAGAAGACCCCUUGUCCAUUGUGGCUACCAUAAGUGUCCCAGCCAGCCCACACCAUCACGACGCUGUCCUCCUCAGAGGGCCCUUCCCGCCCCUGCCCCUUCCUCCCCCUUUGUCUUGUCCGCCCACGUGCUCCUGUGUCGUCUCCCUGGUUUUGCGCUCACUUUUUUAUAUUCUGACAAAAAGACCAGAAAUAAACCUGGUUCUCAAAUGC